AAUACAACCGUCGUAGAAGCGUUAUACCAGUUAAAACUCUACUCAUGCGACCUGCUUGACGGGUUCCCAUUUUUCUCCCUAUCGAAAUGUUGUCCUCGUCGAAUACUGUACGACGAACUGUAUAUCAGUUCGUCCGGACCCUAUCGUCAACCUGUUGUAAACAAAGUCCGGAGCUCAAGGUCGCCAGUACAGAAAACAGAAACAUGGUUGGCCCUGCUCCAGGUAUUGGGAGGAUCAGUGAUGGUGGAUUUACCUCCCCUGACACAGUAUCCAAACAGACAACAGAAGUUUUCCCUAAAACGUGGCCGGUUUGGGAUGCAAAAUGUGAGCGGGUGACCUUCUUGAACAUGGACUGUAGCACCAUGGACACAACGACAUCGUUGAGUAUGUUUGAACUCAAAGUGAAAUGUGACGUGGAACAGUUGAUGCCGGAGUGUGUCUACAUUCAGCAGCUAAAUCGUGACGUGUACACAACUAAACUGAUAUCACUCAUGUCGAAGCUCGGCUACGACAGUCACAAUUUUCUGGGGGAUCAGGUGGGGCAGGCGACAUUCUACAAGAAUCAACAAACAAGAAACAAAGAUAAAUGAAUAAUGUUAACAAGAGAUGAACUAACAUUUUGUAUAUCAACUAUAUAAACAAGUGUCAUGCCUGUAUUACAAUGUUUAAAAUAUCUGGUGUUUUGGCUUAAAUGACUAUCAGUUGAUAUUCAACAGAAUUUCCGAAAUAAGUCUCCUUUUUACACCUUUUUUCCAAAGUUCCAGAAAAAUCCCAAACACUGAAUUAAAAUGAACUGACAAUGUUUACAUAUCUAUAUAUUUAGAAGGGAAACUUCUUAUUUUCCCGUCAUCUUCGCCGAUGCUGUAUAUUUUUAAGGUUUUUGUAAACCGUAACAGAAAUCACUGAAGGAAUUUCAUAGAUAUUCAGGUCAAUACUCGUCCUGUGUAUGGACAACUUUACGUGGAGAGUUUAUAAAGAAAUGGUCUUUCGUUGGGGAAAUGUUAGUAUUUUCUGUUUUAAACUGAUAUUUGUGUAUUCGCCAAACUUGUUUACAUAAUGGGGAUAGCCAAUUCGAAUAUCCCGUAUUAGUUAUUCAGUCAUAAUACAUUUUUUGUGCCCAAGGCUACAAUUUAUUAUUAUUAUUAUUGUGUUAAUACAUUGUACCAUAUUAUGUUAAUAUGUUUCCAUUUCGAAAUGUCAUUAGUUUCUUAAAAUCUUGUUUUCUUUUAAUGUUUAUCUAUGUUAUUGACGGAGAAUUAGUACAUAUUGUUUACCUCGCACUCAGCAUUUGCCUUUAUAAUACAUCCAACCCGUAUACAUCAUACGUGAUUUAAGGACCUGGCCCCAUUUUCGUGAAUCUUUCUUAACUUAAGGAAACUGUAACUUACAAAGAAAAGAAUUGCGUAAGUUAAUUAAAUCUUAAGACUAAAAGACGUUUUCUUAACUUAUGAAAUGCUUUCCUAUGAGCAAUUAAAAGCCAAGAAAAAAUUCCUAAGUUAAGGAAGAUUCAUGAAAUUGGGGUCUUGGAUUGAGAAUUGAUGCCAGGCCCUUCCGAGAUUCUUCUGCCGUUUUAACUGCACCACGAAAAAUCUAUUUUAUUUUCAUUUCUAAUUGAUAUUAACUCAAAACAACUUUAAAGGAAUUCUGUGAAAUAAUAAAAUGAUAUUGCUCUCAUUUCUAGAUUUUUCAUGCUGACGUGUUUUGAGUUAACAGUAAAUAUUUAACAGUGUAGUUUUUCUGCAAGGAGAGACAUGUUAUCAACUAUUUAUUAGCACUUCUGUCAAAUUCACAAAUCGCACCCCAACGCUUGUGUUUGGCCUUCAAGAUCUUCAAUAUGAUAUUAAAAUGUAUUAAAACGAUGCAAUAUUGACCAUUUUUAAUUUCUAUUACUAAAAUAAUAAUAUAUGCACUAUGUUGAUAUCGUGUUUGUGAGUUGACCGAUGUUAUAACCCGGAUGAUUAGUUAAAUGAGGUUAUAACUAACAUCAAAAGAGAUUACUUUUCGAUGUCAUCCAAACGUUUUACUGACAAUGGUGGUAUGACAUUUUGAAAUGCAUGAAAAACAAAAUCCGUAUCUUCGAAGUUCGGUAAAGAAUUGAUAUGAAACUUUCAUCUUGACAAUGUAAAUGUAAAUAUGAUACUCUUCUUAACCGUUUUCAUCACAUGUAAAAUAAUAAAUAUAUAUAUAUUCUGAGAGCACGAUAAGAUGUUUAUAUUGAAGUACGGUUAUAUAUUUAAUGUGACAAAAUACUUAUUCUUUUAUAGAAAUGAAUAUAUUUGAUAGCAUGUGACGAGUAGAAAUUUUCGUGCAGUUUUCAUUUUGAAAAUACCUGUUUGAAUGAAAGAAAUUUGAAAGGUUUCGUCUCGAUUUUAUCCUGAUUAUGAUUGUUUCUAAAGGAAAUAAACGGUUGUUAACAAUAAAA